UUUUGCAUAUAAUGUUCAAUGAGGCAUUUAAAUAUUAUAAGGCGAGGAACCCUGUGCCAAGCCUUCAGAACGUGAUAGAUUUCAGUAAACACAAUGAAAACGGACUAGAUUCCCGGUUGAAGGACAUUUCCGACUCAAUCGUUCGCAAUGACUCCUUCCCCGGUGUCAUCGACAGCAGUUCAUGGCGUGUAUUCGAGGUAGUAGACCGGCCUGGCCUGCUAAUAAUUAGUAAUCCGUUUACGAAACAUGCUCAGCGGUAUUGGAUAGCGCGCAGUUUAUGUCACUAUCCAAAACAACCUAAUCGUACUAACUUCACCGAUUGUGAUAUCAAGAGAUAUUCAACUCACCAUGACUCAAACCAUCAAGAGAUAGUGUUCGAUUGGUGGAGCAUUAGUCAAUCGAUUCAAGAACCACGCGAACGCAGCAAGCUCCUGAAAAGUCUCAGGUGGACCACUUUAGGAUAUCACUACGAUUGGACGAAUAAAAUUUACGAUGAAUCAGCUCGAUCGGAGUUCCCGGAUGACUUAGCUAACAUGUGUCGACAUUUUGCCACUGCACUUGGUUUCGGGCAGUUCCAACCUCAAGCAGCCAUUGUAAAUUAUUAUCCACUCGGCAGUACUCUGGCGGGACACACCGACCAUUCCGAGAGGAACCUUGAGGCACCACUGUUUUCGUUCAGUUUUGGCCAGCCGGCAGUAUUUCUGAUCGGAGGACCCAGCAAGGACGAACGGCCGGAUGCACUGCUGCUGCGAAGUGGCGACGUUAUCGUUAUGACCGAAGCCAGCCGGCUAUGCUACCAUGCGGUGCCGAGAGUUUUCUCCGACAACAGCGAGCUGGUGCAACAGCUCUGGGUCGAGGCGAAACAGCAAGGAGGUCAGUCAUUAGGGGAACCGGAAGGCCAAACUACUCUGGGCAAUAGCGCCAUUUCGACCGCCGUUUGGAACGAUUGCCGUCAAACGGGUUCACCGCAGAGUCAUCACUUCGUUGAUUACAUUAGUAAUAGCCGAAUCAACAUCAAUAUUAGGCAAGUUUUAAAUGAGGGAGAAAAUCAUCUGUAAAUGAGAGCUAUUGCCAGGGCGGGAGGAGAUAUUCAACAUGGGAUUAAAUAUCUAAUUUUCAGCUAUUCGAGGAAAGUUUGUUUGAACAUUGAAUUUUUUGUUGUGAAUUGUGCCUUCUGAUCCUACGGAAUGAGUAAAAUUCACAUGUGGUAUCAAUAGUAAUUCUUUCGUUCUUUCAUUCAACUUUUCCGAACAUGUAAAAUCAUUUGUGUUAGGAUUAGAUUAAUUAUAUCAUGUUUUUUUAACCUAAUAGCGGCCCUUACACGAGCAUUAUUUUUGUCAUUUUUAAUUAUGACUAAGUAAUGAUGUAUUUCAAAUUUGAUAGAAAUCUCGUCUUUACUGCACCAUUUCACGUUCAUUAAAAUGAUAUUAUUUUUUAGUAAUGACAGUUUCAAUGACUCGUGUAAUCAAUGUAAUGAUCAAGGACAACGUUCAAUUUUCAUUUUUGUAAUGAAACAGAGCUUGUAUCGCUUUCGCUUGAAAAGUCUGAAACGAACCCGCAAAGCAAAAUCCUGUUUUACCUACCUAGUGGCACCUUUCUCAUGUUAUUCGUUUUGACGUGGGACGUAUGCACUUUUCGCAGUGCGACAUUUGCACCAAACGAACGCAAAUAAAGUUAUACGCAGAGAAAAAUAUUGUGAAAGUUACUAAAUUUUGCUGUCACCAACGACCAAAUACAAAAGUACAAAACUAGAUAUUUGAUUUUUCGCAGUGGAUUAGUUUGUAUUAAUAUAUGUUAUGACAAAAAUAACAAAUAGUUUUAUUUG